UGGAUGUCCAAACUAACUGCAUCGCUAUACUGACGGACAUCGCCUCGGUAUUACUGUUCAUCUCAGAUCAGCUCGCUUCAGUUCCUCUGCGGUUCUGCUCGUUUUAAAGCACAUCUUCAUGAAGUACAUCUGAUUUAAACUUGUGGAAAUACAUCGUAAACAUCUCCCGUUCAUCUGAAGGCACUCAGCAUCAUCCACUGCACACGACUGGAAGAUGAAGCUCGCUGGAUUUAUGCUUCUCCUCAUCAAUUCAGCGGCCUCCAUCAAUCUCAAAUACAUCUCCAAGAGGAACUCAGUGGACGGCUGUAUCGACUGGUUGGUGGACCUGAAGACGUACCGUGUGCUGGCCGGAGAGCCGCUGAGGGUGAAGUGCGCUCUCUUCUACAGCUACAUACGCACCAACUACAGCGUGACCCAGAAUGCCAAGCUGCGGCUCAUCUGGUACAGGAACAAGGGCGACUCCGAGGAGCCCAUCAUCUUCUCAGGUCACCGGCUGAGUAAGGAGGGAGACUCCAUUUGGUUCCGCUCCGCAGAGACGGAGGACAAUGGAUUUUACACUUGUGUGCUCAGAAACUCCACGUACUGUAUGAAGGUGUCCAUGUCUCUGACGGUGGAGGAGAGCGAGGAGGGACUCUGCUUCAGCAGCCGAAUACGGUACCAGGAGAACGCUGAGGUCACCAAGAGCAAAAUGAUCAGCUGCCCUGACAUCGACGACUAUCUCGCACCCUACAAGCAGCCUAUCAUGACCUGGUACAAGGAGUGUCAGAGGAAAGAGUGGAGGAGCUCCAUCAUCAUCAACACCACCAGCCUCUGGAUCCCGGAGGUGCAGGAGGACGACGGAGGGAACUACACCUGUGAACUCAGAUAUGGCAGCAGAGUUGUGAGACGGACCACAGAGCUCAAAGUCACAGCACUUCUUACGACCAGACCACCAAAAGUGCUGUUCCCGUCAGAGAAACAGGCCAGUGUCAUAGACGUCCAACUCGGCAUGCGUCUGGUCCUGGACUGCAGGGCUUUCUUCGGCUACAGCGGAGAUUCCCGGCCCAUCAUCUACUGGAUGAAGGGAGAUAAGUUUGUGGAGGAGCUGGACGGACACAUACGAGAGAGUGAAGUCAGGGUGGUGCGGGAGUUUCUGGGGGAGAAGGAGGUGGAGCUGUCGCUGAUCUUUGACGCUGUGGAGGAGACGGACAUGGGCAACUACACCUGUAACGUGGAGAACCACAUCGGCCGAGGCAGCGGGAGCGCCGUCCUGCAGAAGAAAGGGAGCAAUGUGUACAGGCUGGAGCUGGUUGGUGGUCUGGGUGCCAUCAUGCUGAUAUUGGGGAUCUUCACAGCCAUCUAUAAGUGCUAUAAUGUGGAGAUCAUGCUGUGCUACCGACGACACUUCGGCAGUGAUGAGGCCGAUGAUGACAACAAGGAAUAUGACGCCUAUCUGACCUACACCAAAGUGGACCUGGAGUCGGUGGAGCGUGAGAUGAGCGAGGAGGAGCUGUUCGCUCUGGAGAUCUUACCGGACGUUCUGGAGAAACACUACGGAUAUAAACUCUUCAUCCCGCACCGGGACCUCAUUCCCAGCAGCAGUAAGAUUCAUGAAUGUCGUACAUUGAGGACCAUCGAAUGCUCGGACCUGUGCAGCGUCAUCAACUACCAGGAGCUGGAGGACCUCAAGCACACCAUCCGAGUGCUGUCGCUCAUCAAGUGGUACGGGCCCAAGAGCAGCCAGCUCCAGUCCAAGUUCUGGAAGCGGGUGCACUACGAGAUGCCUGCGAAGAGAAAAGAGAGCGUGUCCCACCGACAAGUCCUGGACUCGGGCGAGCAGGGGCUGUUCGGCGACCUGCAGGCCGUGUCGACCGUGGCCAUGACUGCCACCUCGGCGUCGCUAGCGCCGGCUCACGUGGAGAUACCGGACUAUAACGAGCCGGGCCACCUGCAAAAAUACUUAGGCUAG